AGGACAAUAAAAGCACAACAAGAAACCUGCACAUAGUCGUCCAGAGAUGACCAUGAACACCAUGACCUCACUUCUUUACACUACAGUCAUUUUGUGUGUUGCUGCCUGUGCUGGCUCCUUUCCUGCACCCUCUCGAAUCUUCAUGUCUGCCAGAGUGGGUUCCUCAGCUGUUCUACCAUGUGACUGUAGAAACAUGUCCACCCAAACUCCUCAUGUUCAGUGGCGAACCAUCUCUGAGACGGUGUUUGAGCGAAGGGGUGGAGAUCUGUAUCAGGGUGAGCGGUAUGAAGACCGUGUGGACGUUCCUGAAGAUCACCUGCUGAAGGGGGACUGUUCACUGGAGUUGAAGAACAUCAGACCUGAUGAUGCAGGAGUUUAUGAAAGCUACCUGCUGGUGAGACGAAAGAAGAGAUCCCUCCGUUCUCAAAGAGUCUUCCUCCAGAGCGUGGAGCUCUCAGUAGAUGAAACACCUGAGGAAGACUUCAGUGACAGGGUAGCUGUAGCAGAUGAGGCUGGAGUGACCAGUCAUUACCCACAGAUCAUAGCGCUUUCCCUCCUUUCAAGCUCACUUUUCCAUCUCUUCUGAGAGGAAACACAGCAGUACAACAUGAGCCGGUAUGUUGGUUACAGCUACACUUACUUUUAAAACUAAAGAUGCCUCAAAGAGUUUAUUUGCCUGAAGAACCAAAAAGAGAUCUGAGGGUGCAGAGAACCUUUUAAAGGUGUAAAGAACUUCCACAUGAUAGAAAGGUUUAAUAAUCCUUCAUAGCACCUUUACAUUAUGAGGAAGUUCUGAAAUCUUCAGAAAAGUUCUUUACACUCGUGGUAUCGUGUAGAAAAUCCCAGUUUGGCCCCUUUUUUUGUAAGAGUGUAGUUAUGGACUAACCUGCACCGUCAGUGUUGUUACACCAUUGAACGUUCAGUUUAGUCUAGGCUUGGGCUUAAUCUGGAUCUGGGAAACCGGCACUGUAUGUCCAAAAGUUCAUAGACACCAACGUUUCUUCUGAAAUGAAGGGUGUGCUAAACUUUUGGACAUAUAGUGACCUCUAUAGUGACCUCUCUGAAGAUCGCGACCUUGACGUGGUAGAGAGGCUUGUGUGGUCCUGUGUGGAUUCUGACGAAGAGCAAUCUGACAGUCUGUGUUUAAGGUGGUUGUAGUUUAUGGGAAGUGGGAACUGAUUUAUGGCUGGUCAGUAUGGUGAUAUUUAUUGUGAUAAGUUAGGUCACAGAGUGUGACACUGUGUUUUUCUGACCACAGUAAAUAUCGAACCAUGAACUUUGUGGAAAAGUGAAAGUGGUGUGGACAGUUUGACCACCUGAAUUAAACAGAGGCCAAAUAAAACCGUUGCAUUUUCUCCAUCUGAACAGCUGCAAUUGAUAUGCAAGAUAUUAUGAGCUACUAUAUUAUCAUCAAAUUAUUAUCAGCUGUUAUAUUAUCAUCAAGAUAUUAUGAGCUACUAUAUUAUCAUCAAGAUAUAAAAUAAGGUGCAGAUAAAUCUGUUUAUAUUAUAUUUAUAAGAUAUGAAACACUGCUUAACUUGAAAGAGCUGCUUGGUUUUAGACAAGGCAAA